AUGGGCGAGCCCAAGACGAGCCCGAGGACGACGUGUUUGCUUAAGGUACGCUCGAAAUUCGUGUCGCUGAACAAUGUGUCGAUCACGGGUGGUACUAAGCGCCAGACCCGUGCGAGGAAACCUAAAGAAGUGCGGAAGGGGAAACGUUCUACUUUCGUCCGCACGGGCAAGAAAGGCCGCGCUGAUGCACUUGGUGAUGGCGGUUGUGGAGCAGACACAUACACUCAAGGCAAUGGUCAACAUGCACAUAACGCCUCCUUUCCAGCUGCAGCCGCCACUAUCUCUCCCUCCUCCGCCUAUGUCAACGCAGCGGCGACUCAUCAGCUCGCCACCUCUCACUCAAUCCCUGGCCUGCCCUCCGCCUCUGCCUCCCUUUCAGCUGCAGCCGCCACUAUCACUCCCUCCUCCGCCUAUGUCAACGCAGCGACGACUCAUCAGCUUGCCGCCUCUCACACAAUCCCUGGCCUGCCCUCCGCCUCUGCCUACCCUUCAGCUGCAGCCGCCACUAUCACUCCCUCCUCCGCCUAUGUCAACGCAGCGGCGGCGACUCAUCAGCUCGCCGCCACUCAGUCAGUCCCUGGCCUGCCCUCCGCCUCUGCCUCCCUUUCAGCUGCAGCCGCCACUAUCUCUCCCUCCUCCGCCUAUGUCAACGCAGCGACGACUCAUCAGCUCGCCGCCUCUCACUCAAUCCCUGGCCUGCCCUCCGCCUCUGCCUCCCCUUCAGCUGCAGCCGCCACUAUCACUCCCUCCUCCGCCUAUGUCAACGCAGCGGCGACUCAUCAGCUCGCCGCCUCUCAGUCAGUCCCAGGCCUGCCCUCCGCCUCUGCCUCCCUUUCAGCUGCAGCCGCCACUAUCACUCCCUCCUCCGCCUAUGUCAACGCAGCGGCGACUCAUCAGCUCGCCGCCUCUCAGUCAGUCCCUGGCCUGCCCUCCGCCUCUGCCUCCCUUUCACCUGCAGCCGCCACUAUCUCUCCCUCCUCCGCCUAUGUCAACGCAACGACUCAUCAGCUCGCCGCCUCUCAGUCAGUCCCUGGCCUGCCCUCCGCCUCUGCCUCCCCUUCAGCUGCAGCCGCCAAUAUCUCUCCCUCCUCCGCCUAUGUCAGCGCAGCGGCGACUCAUCAGCUCGCCGCCUCUCAGUCAGUCCCUGGCCUGCCCUCCGCCUCUGCCUCCCUUUCAGCUGCAGCCGCCACUAUCACUCCCUCCUCCGCCUAUGUCAACGCAGCGGCGACUCAUCAGCUCGCCGCCUCUCACUCAAUCCCUGGCCUGCCCUCCGCCUCUGCCUCCCCUUCAGCUGCAGCCGCCACUAUCUCUCCCUCCUCCGCCUAUGUCAACGCAGCGGCGACUCAUCAGCUCGCCGCCUCUCACUCAAUCCCUGGCCUGCCCUCCGCCUCUGCCUCCCCUUCAGCUGCAGCCGCCACUAUCUCUCCCUCCUCCGCCUAUGUCAACGCAGCGGCGGCGACUCAUCAGCUUGCUACCCGGAUCUCUCCCUCCGCUGCCUAUGUGCACGUCUCGGUUCCUGGCCAGUCCAGGCCCGCCGUUGCACCUGGAUCGACCUCCCUGCCACCUGCUCCCAGUGCACUCUCACCCUCGCCCUCCUAUAUCAAUCCUGGGUUGCACCCAACCAACUCAGGUCAGCCUGGCUCCGGCCUCAUCCCACCAGCCUCUGCACCCCCUGCUGCCGCAGUGGCACCCCCUACUACACAAUUGCAGCCGUCUGGACUCCCAUGGGCACUCCGUGUGCGCAACAGAAGUCCGCUCUCCCAGACCCUGGACCAUCACAUGUGGAGGCCGGGUCGGAUGAAGACUCCGACGAUGAUGACUCCUUGGAGAAUCAAGUUGAGCAUGGUGGUGAACAGCGGCCUGCUGCAACCAGGGUUUCGCGAGCCGCUUUUGAGGCCGCGCAAGCGCAAAUCCGACAACAGGCGCGACGCAUAG